UCUCCUGCCCGGCGUUCGUGUCUUUGGGACCGGGUUUGUGCUUGGGAUACUCAGCCACAGUGACACAGUGGCCGUGCCGCGGGUGGCAUUCUGGGUGUCACCUUUAGAGGGCUUGGGGACGCCUCUGUCAUCCUGGCGGUAGGGACAGCGCCUCGCCGGGAUGUUCCCUUCCUUUGCCGGGGAAAACACCUCCCGUGGGAAUGCGGUACCCGUGGAACGAUGCUCAGGGGCAGCCGGUGCUUUCCUCGGUCAGGCUUUGCCCGCCGCCCCCGAGUCCCCCCGCGCCGCAUCCCUCGGGCUGUCACGGCGCGGGGACGGCGCGAUGCAGAGUGACAGGCGGGGACGGGGCUGCUCCUGCGGCUGCGGGGCGCUGACAGCCCGGGUGUGAGGCCGGCUUGCACUCAGCCGCGUGUGUAAUCUGCUUACGGGGGCACCGACACAGCCCCGGGCUCUCGCUGCCGUAAAUCCCCGCUCCUGCCGGGAGCGCGGGCUGGGACGCUGGGAAAGUGGCCGAGCGCCCCUGGAUCGCGCCUGAGCUGCUCUGAUGCAUCUCGACACGCAUCAAGGUGAAUCACCAUCCCUGGUGACCCCGAAGUGACAGCCGGGGAGCCCUGGCUGCCACCCACGGCUCCUCCUGGGGCACUGUUAACCCUUCGCCUCCCAGCGAUGAGCCGGGAAAGCCGAGGCAGGAAUGCUGGAGCUCCUGCCUGAGAUCCCUGUGGUGGGCAGCGUCCCUGCUUCUCCCAGGCCGGGGCUGGGUCCUUCUCAGCCAGGCCCAGCUCCAGCAAGAGCUUAAAGCCACGUGGGGAAGCUUUAAGCGUCAGGUGCAAAAGUGAGGGAAAACUGUGUUUCUGACCUCAAAGAGGCUGUGGAGCCCUGCUGCGGAACGCUCCAGGGGGCAGUGAGAGGGGACGUGGCGUGCACUGGGAUGCAGAGGAAUUUUAUCCCGGAACGAAGGGAGUUUUGUCCCAGGAUGGAGCGGAUUUUUGUCCUGGGACAGAGGUGUUUGCAAGGACUGAGUGUCCUCCUGGGCUGUAGGCAAUGUGUGCGUUCAGCCCAAGGGUGUUGGUGGUGCUCCUGCAGCCCCCCAGGACCUCCCUUGGCCAAUGACGGCUGGUCCUUGACACCUCCCCAGCCGGGCAGGAGCUGGGUUCGGCUCUGCCCGGGUCCCUCUCCUCUGCCGUGCCCGGCCCCUGGGUGCGGAGCCUGCCCAGGGUGGAGUUAUGCUAAUGCUGCUCCCCAGCCCUCGGCGCAGCCGGUGCCACUCGCCAUCUCCUGCUGGCCACGGGCGACGCUGGCUGAGCCAUGGCCACCGGCCCCGAGCUGCAGCCUGGGCAAGAGAUAAAACGUUUCCUGAAGGAGGACUCGGACGAGGCUGAGCUGACCCAGUUCCUGCGGGAUUGCCCAGCAGCUGACAGCUCCAGGAAGGUGGAGGCCUCGGAGAGCCGGCGGGAGCCCGGCCACCCCUUGGGCAGCGGGGCCAGGGUCCCCCCAGACGAAGGCAGUGACGAGAGGGACGCCAGGAUUUUCUCCCGCUCCCGGCCCGCGGAUUUCCAGCAGCACAUCGCCGCCCCCCCGCCCCCCAGCCCCAACCGCCCGCGCAGCCCCUGGGGACAGCUGGACCCCUACGACUCCUCCGAGGAUGACAAGGAGUACGUGGGCUUUGCCACGCUGCCCAACCAGGUGCAUCGUAAGUCGGUGAAGAAGGGCUUUGACUUCACCCUCAUGGUGGCAGGGGAAUCCGGGCUGGGCAAGUCCACCCUGGUCAACAGCCUCUUCCUGACGGACAUGUACAGGGACCGCAAGCUGCUCAACGCCGAAGAGCGCAUCACGCAGACAGUGGAGAUCACCAAGCACGUGGUGGACAUUGAGGAGAAGGGGGUCAAGCUGCGCCUGACCAUCGUGGACACGCCGGGCUUUGGGGACGCUGUCAACAACACCGAGUGCUGGAAGCCGGUGGCCGACUACAUCGACCAGCAGUUCGAGCAGUAUUUCCGUGACGAAAGUGGCCUCAACCGGAAAAACAUCCAGGACAACCGAGUGCACUGCUGCAUCUACUUCAUCUCGCCCUUUGGCCACGGGCUCCGGCCCCUGGACGUGGAGUUCAUGAGAGCUCUGCACCAGCGCGUGAACAUCGUGCCCGUGCUGGCCAAGGCUGACACCCUGACCCCCGCCGAGGUGGAGCGCAUGAAGAACAAGAUCCGGGAGGAGAUCGAUCACUACGGCAUCCGCAUCUACCAAUUCCCUGAGUGCGACUCGGACGAGGAUGAGGAGUUCAAGCUGCAGGACCAGGCACUGAAGGAGAGCAUCCCCUUCGCUGUCAUCGGCAGCAACACGGUGGUGGAGGCCAAGGGCCGGCGCGUCCGCGGGCGCCUCUACCCCUGGGGCAUCGUGGAAGUGGAGAACCCGUCCCACUGCGACUUCGUGAAGCUGCGCACGAUGCUGGUGAGGACGCACAUGCAGGACCUGAAGGACGUGACGCGGGAGACGCACUACGAGAACUACCGCACACAGUGCAUCCAGAGCAUGACCCGCAUGGUGGUCAAGGAGCGCAACCGCAACAAGCUGACCCGGGAGAGCGGGACAGACUUCCCCAUCCCCGUGAUCCCCCCGGUGCCGGACGUGGAGACCGAGAAGCUCAUCCGGGAGAAGGACGAGGAGUUGCGGCGGAUGCAGGAGAUGCUCCAGAAGAUCCAGAAGCAGAUGAAGGACUCGCACUAGCCCGUCCCCCCUCCUCCUCCUCCUCCUCCUCGUCCUCCUCCUGGCCCCAUCAGAAAUGUUUACAUCACGCUCCUCCCGCCCGGCCCCGCUGCCAGACUCGGUACCAACACCCACCCACCACCUUAAGCUGCGGCAUCGCCUUAUCCAACCCCCAGCGCCCGCGGGGACAGCCGGGGACAGCGAGGGAACACCGGGGACAGCGAGGGGACACCGGGGACAGCGAGGGACAGGGCAGCCAGCCCGGGGUCCCCUGCCCCUUUCCCCCCCACUCACUGGGGACAGCUUGGUCCCCCAGGCUUUGGUUUCCCAUUUCUCCACAGCUCUGGGGAGGGCCCUGGCCAGCCUGCUCCCCACAGCAUGUCCCUUGUCCCCGUGUCACCCUGGGCUCCCUGCUUACAGCCUUUAUGCUCAGCUUGACCCUGGCUUAAGGGAAGAGGAAAAGGGGGCACUGGUGCCAGCCCCCCAAUGCCCCAGCUGCUGAGGGGGACAGGGCUGUUCCCCUGGCCUUGGCUGGCGUGGAGGGACAGCAGGUCCUGGGGACCACAGGGGACAGAGGGGAUGGAGGGACAGCCAAGGGACAGCCACCAUCCUGCUCCCUGCCAGCACCAGUGCAGGGGGACUGUGUCCAGCUCUGUGUCCUCACCCUGUCCCCACAAAGUGACAGCAGAGCUGUGGCACGAGGAGCACUGGGGAAUUGGUGUCCCCAGGGAAAAUCCCUUGAACCCCAAAUCAGAGGCUGGGCAUCCCCAGCCCGCCGUGAUGUUGGCCCUGUAAAGCAAUAAUGAGUGUCCUGUGCCCCUGGCACCUCUCACCCCAUGGCAACAGCACCGGCCCUGGCUGGAAUUUCAGCCCCUGCUGCCACUUGCUUGUCUGUGGUGUCCUGUGUGCCCAGGAUGUCCCUGUCCCUGCUGCUUCUUGGCACAGCAGCCCUGUGUAUUCUCCAAGGAUAUCCCCAUGUGUGCUGCUUCCCAGCGAAGUGCUGCUGCGUGUCCCCCAUGGUGUCCCCAUGUCCCCCAUGGUGUCCCCAUGUCCCCCACCGUGUCCUGGUUGGUGUUGCUGCCCUACAGAGCACUGUAGCUUGUCCCCCCCCUCCCCGUAUUGUCCCCAUCUGUGUUGCUUUCCCACAGAGCUAUGUUGCAUCUCUGUGUCCCCCUGGGAUGUCCCCAGCUAUGUCACCACCCUGCAGGGCUCUGUGCACUGUCCCUGUGUCCCCAAGGAUGUCCCCAGCUGUGUUGCUUCUUGCAAAGCCCCACUGUGUGUCCCCAGGGUGAGCCCUGGCCACCCCUCCAGCAUCCCCAGGGAGAUGGAUCCAAACCCCUCCGGGUCUGGGAGAGCCUGCAGGGGAUGGGGAGGAUGCAGCAGGACUGGGAGCUAUGGGAUGAGUGGGAUCAGUGGGAUCAAUGGGAGCAGUGGGGUCAGUGGGAGCACUGGGAGCACUGGGAUGAGCAGGAGCAGUGGGAUCAGUGGGGUCAGUGGGAUCAGUGGGGUCAGUGGGAGCAGUGGGAUCAGUGGGAUCAGUGGGAGCAGUGGGGUCAGUGGGAGCAGUGGGAUCAGUGGGGUCAGUGGGAUCAGUGGGAGCAGUGGGAUCAGUGGGAGCAGUGGGGUCAGUGGCAGCAGUGGGAUCAGUGGGAGCAGUGGGAUCAGUGGGGUCAGUGGGAUCAGUGGGGUCGGUGGGAUCAGUGGGGUCAGUGGGAGCAGUGGGAUCAGUGGGGUCAGUGGGAUCAGUGGGAUCAGUGGGGUCAGUGGGAUCAGUGGCAGCAGUGGCAGCAGUGGCAGCAGUGGGAUCAGUGGCAGCAAUGGCAGCAGUGGGAGCACUGGGAUCAGUGGAGCAGUGGGGUCAGUGGGAGCACUGGGAGCACUGGGAUGAGCAGGAGCAGUGGGAUCAGUGGGAUCAGUGUCAGCAGUAGGGUCAGUGGGAUCAGUGGCAGCAGUGCGAUUAGCAGUAUCAGUGGGAUCAGCAGUAUCAGUGGAAUCAGUGGCAGCAAUGGCAGCAAUGGGAUCCGCAGUAUCAGUGGGAUCAGUGGGAUCCGCAGAGCUCGCUGCCCUGGGGAUGUCUCCUGUCCCCAUCAGGUCCCCUUGCUGGGUCCCUGGGCGGGGCGUGGCUGGCAGGGCUGUGCCCGGCCGGGGCUGGGGCUGGGGCUGCAGGGUGCCAGGGCAGCACCCGGCCUGUGCCCGCUGUGUCCCCGUGGGCAGGGCCCCCCGGGCAGGGCCCUGCAGGGAACAUUUUGCGCUUUCCUUUUUUUAAUCUCGCUAUUUUCUUACAGAAGCCCCUCCCCUGGCAUGACGGUCCUAGAGGCGUUUAUUAACGGAUCAGAGAGUAUAGGUUUAUAAAUUCUUAUAGAGUAGUGGAAAUAUUUUUAUCCCUCCACAACAGUUCUCAAUAAAUACGGCUGACCUGGCUUGUCUGCAA